GCAUGGUGGCCUUUGCUGUAGCGCGCCCUCCGAAAAGUUGUGGACUGAAUCACCCAAUAAUAUAGAAAAACGAAACUACAUUAGCAGACUGUUUUGCAAUUUGAUCGGUGUCGCAGUUUCCGAGCACGUGGGUCGUCAUUUAGGCGCGAGAAAACGUGUGUCUCGCGAGUGAAAAUGCGUAGAUUGAAGUGCAGUAGUUUGACGCUAGAAGCUGUGACUAGUUUUUCGAUAAGAUCGACUCUACUGUGAUCAUUCAUAUUAGUUACUUACCUAAGAUUGUGUCCAAAGUUGCAGUGAUUCGAGUAAUUGAAACUCAGUAUAAGCGACGAUUGUGUUUAUAUCUUCAAUUAAACGUUUGAAUAGUAAAUACAGUUACACAUACCUAGAAAAGAUUGCUACACUUGGAUGUCUCGAAUCCCGAGCGGUUAUCAGUGAGUGUUUGAAUAAACUAGUUUAUUGUAGGAUCACAGCGUAGAAUGAAAACUAAAUCGGGAAGGCGUGCAUAAAUUGAACUCGAAAAAAAAUAAAGGAAAAAAUCUAAUUAAAAUAAACACAAAUCUUGUGAAUGCGCGUACCGUUUGCUCUGUGAUUCCGGUGCCGGUGGUAAAUUUGUGGGAUGGAAGCACUGAAACCAAACGAAGUUGGUCCACAAACUUCCACCGGCAGACCGGCCCCGUUGUCAUCGUCCAUGAUAUCGGAGCUGCAUUGCUGUAGUGUUGAGGAAUUUCUACGGAAUGAGUCGAAUAGUGAAAACGUCAUACGGUUUGGAGUAACCGCAACUGGCAGCCGGCCGCAAUCUGAUCCGCUGCUUUAUCACCAUGUCACUACCGGUACAGGCUCCGGUUCCGGUAGUGGGACGUCUACACCUAGAAGCGAUUGUUCCCUGACAGACCAGCUCAUCAUGAAGAAUCCCGACUGCGAGAUGAAGCUGACUGCCAAAACAAACGGAUUCGACGUGAUGGUCGAAUCGCCGAACAAUCGCAUCCGCGUGGCACUGAGCGUCCUGAUUCGGUUGCUUCUGCCGCUGACGCACGGACUAGCGCGGGGAUGGAACGGAUUGCGGGGUUUUCGUAUGCUGCAGCUCUUGCGGAAGAUUCGCGAAAGCCGCGGCCUUCUGACGACGCUGUUUGCCUUUGCCGCCAACACCGUUUCGAUGAGCCUGUCCUCGGUCCAAGUGGCCCAUCGGAUAGACCCUUUAUUGCGCGUUAUCAAGCUACGUAAGAACACAUCCGUUGCAGGACGGAAUGCGCUGGAAGCAGAUGGUAAGCAAUCACUAGCGACUGGACGCGGUCGACGGCAUACAGAUGCAGCCUCUCAGGAAGUUCCGGACAAGUGCGUCGAGUUGGUUGUGCUGGCAGAACCUCCCACUGGUCAACCGAUUCGGGCAGACGUGGUAUUGAUCCACGGGUUGCACGGUUCUUUGGUGAAUACCUGGAAGCAAGGAUUGUGGAACAGCGAGGGUAAACUGGAACAUUUUGAGCGACCUCCGAAACCUCCGAUAAGACCUCCGAAGCGGCAAAGGCAUUCCCGAGCGAAUCUGUUUGCUCCACCGCACGUAUCGAAGAAGCCAAAGUUUGAGGAAGAAUGGAGUGACGACGACAGCCGAUGUAAUGAUGGAAUCGAGACUACAUCGUAUAGUUUUGCAAAACGUCGUUUCACCUAUGAGUGUGGUGAACCGAAUAAAGUUCAUUUUGCCGACGAGAUGGAAUACAGUUUCCCGACAUUUAGGCUAAGGAUAGAAGAAGAGCAAAGCAAUAGGAUUUCUCAAGGUUUCACGGAGAAACGAUACCAUGGUAAAAGAAAAUCACGAGUGAAAAAGGACGAAUCGUGGUCACCCUGCUGGCCAGGUGACUGGUUGCCAUUGGAUUGUCCUGGAGUUCGUGUUAUCGCUCUAAACUAUACGACCGAUCCGUACCUGUGGAGACCAGUGUGGAUCACCAAAAGGCAUCGGUCCAACUUGGUGGAUCGUUCCCGGGAGAUGGCUGAUAUGCUCAUAGCCAAGGGCGUCGGUAAAGGUCAUCCGAUCGUCUGGGUCGGCCAUUCGAAAGGAGGUAUUUUUAUCAAACAGAUAAUUGUGGAUUCGUGGGAAAGUGGCAGACCAGCAGCUGAGCCUCUGUGGCGUUCGUCACGUGCCACCUUUUUCUACUCCGUGCCACACAGAGGAUCUCCGCUGGCGGACUUCAACCUACCUCUUCUACGACAAUCGAUCGAGCUCACCGAGAUUCAGAAAAAUUGUGCCAGCAUUUUGGAGCUUCACCGUCGCUUUGUUGCCCUGUAUCGGGGAGGUCAUCUCAAAAUCGAUGUAUUUAGCUUCGUUGAAACGGCCUUAACAUUGAUGUCCGUUCUGUACUUGCGCAUCGUCGGUAUCGAUUCAGCCGAUCCUGGAAUUGGCGAUGUGUGUGGCGUACGCCUUGACCAUCGAGAAAUUUGUAAGCCCCGCAGUCGCAACUGCAUUCUCUACACCGAGUUGGUCAAGAUGAUCAACAAGGUUAGCUGAACAAUCAACGGACGAUAUCACCACCAACGCAACAGAACAUCGCAGUAGGCCGAAAGAGUUACCACCGCAACCCAAGAAAAAAGAACGGAUUUAUUUGUUUUAAAAUAGUUUUCCUUAAUUGUUGGAUUAUAUUUCGUUUGACUAUAGAUAUAUUUUGAUAAAAUGAAACUUACAAUGUAUGAGUAGAAUUCAUCAUUCUUAAAUUUCAGAGAGUUGAAAAUCGAUAGCUAUUUUCUUUGUAUGAGGCACCAAGUACUCAAAAGUUAUCUAAAAUGAAAUUAGGUUAGGCUUGAAAUGUCGAUCAUUUGAUGAAAUUAGUCAUAUGUAAUAUGAAAACAGAUAUUAGUAGGAUUUCGAGAUAAGCUUUAAGUAAUAAUUACAUAUUAAAAGUUUAUUAAACCAUUUAUCAACUCAAUACCGCUUCAGAAGUAAUUUGUUGUGUUGAAUAUUCUGUAUAUUUUAGAUUUUCAUUUUUAAUAGCUAUACCAGAUGUUUGUAAUUAUAACUUGGAAGUACCACCGACCACCGAGUAGGAAUAUGGGAAUUGAGAGCCAAAUAGCAUACGUAUGUCGAUAAGUGAAAGCUGUCUUUCUACUUAAUCCCGAAAGUGAGUUUUGCAAAGAAAAGUCGAACCAAAAUUUUCAAAAUCGAUUUCAACCGGUAAAUAGUAAUUUGACAUACAAAUCGCAAAGCAAAUAGUCAUUAGUUGUAGAGAGCAGAAUAAUUCAAAACCAUCUAAACAAUGUGAUAAAUAGAUAUUAGCGUUUGGAGUGCAAAGUGAAGCUGUUGGAAAUACACUAUUUUAAAGUA